UUUUUUUUUUUUUUUGAAAAAAAAAAAAAAGACUUUUUACUAUUCUCAAAGAUGGAGGAAAAGAAGCGAUACGACAAGAUAUUAAUAAAGAAUUUAGUUUUAAAGAAUGUAGCAGGAGUAGAAGCAUGGCAAAGACUUAAAUCACAACCUGUCAUUAUUAGUGUUGAAUUAUAUACAGAUAUUAGUGCCGCUGGCAAUACAGACCAUGUUACAAAUACGAUUCAUUAUGGUCAUGUCACGAAGGCUAUUACGACAUUGGUUGAAAGUCGUACCUUUAAAUCACUGGAGGCGUUAGCUCAUGCUGUUGUCAAACUUUGUUGUGUUCAGUUUGGUGCAGCAAGAACACAAGUGACAGUGGAACAACCCAAGGCGCUCUUACAUGCUGCUGCCUCAGGUGUAAAGUUAAUGCGUGCUAUUGAAGAUUAUCGACAGAGUUCAGCAGAUGAGGAGAUGACAACAGGCCAAGUAUCAGGAUUAGGUGUUGCAGAUGAAAUCUUUGUACGUGAUUUACGUCUUCAUACCAUUGUCGGCGUUAACCCAUGGGAACGUGAGGAAAAACAGGUUGUGGUGAUCAAUCUCAAGAUCUAUCCUUCCUCUUUACCUUACGGUGGUGGUCAUUCGGAAAAGAAUACAUCUUAUAAUUUGCGUACCAUCGUUCGUACGUUGACUCGACAUGUGGAAGCCUCUGGCUACAAGACAAUUGAAGCCUUUGCUAUCACGUUAGCUCGAUUAGCACUUGAAAAAUGUCAUGUCAACAAGAUCUCAAUUCGGGUAGAGAAGCCUAGUGCAAUUUUAUUUGCUGAUUGUUCAGGCAUUGAGGUAACGCGUGAUCGUAUCUGGUUAAGACAAAUGAUAGAGGAAGAGCAAAGGGCAGGUCAGAGAUAUAUCCAUUAUGCUGGUAAACUUCAUUACAGUAAGGAAAUCCCUGCUCAUUAUACCCAAACUGUUUAUAUUGCCUUUGGAUCUAAUAUGGGGGAUCGUGUGAAGAAUAUCAAGAUGGCCCUUGACAUGCUUGAAAGGGAAGGGAAGAGUAUCGUGUUAGAUACAAGUUCCCUAUAUGAAACACCUGCCAUGUACUAUACAGAACAACCUGCUUUCUUGAAUGGUGCUUGUAAAAUCGCUACUUGUCUAGAACCUUAUGCAUUAUUGGAUACCUUGAAGGAGAUUGAACAUACCUUGGGUCGUCUCCCGACUUUCAGAAAUGGUCCUCGACCGAUUGAUCUUGAUAUUCUCUUUUAUAACAACCUUGUCUUGGAUGAUGAUGAGGGUCGAUUAAUCAUCCCACAUAAAUCAAUUCAGGAGCGUGAGUUUGUACUUUGGCCCUUAUGUGAUAUUGCGCGUGAUAUGGAGCACCCGCGCCUUUUUAAAACAAAUGGGCAACUAUUAUCACAACUUUUAAAGGCAGCAGAAGAAAGUGAGGAAGGGCGAGCAGAGAUUAAGAAGGUGAUACCUAUUCAAGAGAAUCAGCUUUGGUAUUGGGAUAAAAGAACAUAUAUCAUGGGUAUCUUGAACGUGACACCAGAUAGUUUUUCUGAUGGUGGGAAACAUGUCGAUGUGGAUACAGCUGUAGCAGCAGCCUUCAGGAUGAAAGAAGAAGGUGCAGAUAUAAUUGAUAUUGGAGGAAUGUCAACGCGUCCAGGCGCAGAUGAUAGUUUCCCUGAAGAAGAAGAGAUACGUCGUGUGAUCCCUGUGAUUAGUCGAUUAAGAGAAGCAGGGUUUGAUUUACCCAUCUCUAUCGACACCUUUCGUGCCUCUGUGGCUCAAGCAGCUAUUGAAGCAGGUGCUAAUUUAAUUAAUGAUAUUAGUGGAGGCGUUCGUGAUCCGAAUAUGUUAAAAACGAUGGCAGAGUGUAAUGUACCGGUCUGUUUGAUGCAUAUGCGAGGAGAUGCUCAUACGAUGAUGUCAAAGGAAAAUACAACUUAUGAGAAUGAUGAUGUAGUGGAUGAAGUAUCUCAUGUUUUACAUCUUCUUGUAGAAAGAGCCAUCGCAGCUGGUGUCCAUCGAUGGAAUAUCAUUAUCGAUCCUGGAAUAGGAUUUGCAAAGACAGCUGAUCAAGAUUUUGAUCUUUUACGUCAUUUAACUGACAUCUCUCAGGCUCAAGACUCUCCAUUACACGCUUUACCUUCUCUAGUAGGUAUCAGUCGAAAGAAGUUUAUUGGUCGUGUUACGGGUGUUGAAAAAGCGGAAAGAAGGACAUUUGGAACGGCAGGUGCUGUUGCUGCAUGUGUCGCUGGAGGAGCUAAUAUCAUACGAGUCCAUGAUGUUCGACCUAUGUGGGAAGUUAUUCAAGUAUGUGAUAGUAUUUGGAAAAAGAAAUGAUCGAAAUUCUAUAUUUAAAACACAUAAAAAAAAAAACUGUAUAAAUUUAUAUAUAUUUUAUUUUAUUUUAUUUUUUUUAUUUUAUUUUAAUUUAAUAAAUAAUAUGAUCCAA